GAGAGAGAGAGAGAGAGAGAGAGAGAGAGUACAUAGCAGCUACAGGAGGCCAUACAUGAAAAUGAUGGGUUGACCUCUUGAGAGCAUCUCACCUGAACCCCUGGAGAACAUGGAGGGCAAAGAAGUCCUCCAUUUUGUGCCAGCCGAGGCCCCACCAACUGGGAGCUCCAAGAAUGGAUAUGUGUUCCAGGAAAUGGAGCUGCGGGAUGGAGAACAAGACGAUUAUGAGAAAAAUUCAACCAUCCCGCACAAGGACCCCAUCUAUGACAACGAGAGCCAACUUAGCAUGUCAGAAGGGGAAGGUCCAGGCUUUGGUCUUUUAAAUACAACAAGAAAGUAUGUGAAGCCGAUGGACUUUUGCGAGGAGGUACGUCCCCACAGAGACGUGGACGCCUUCCUGGCCCAGGCAAGCGUCAUUCUGGACGAGGGAUCGUCCACUCUGGACGGGGUACUGAGGCGAAUGUUAAGUUGUGUCGUGGAGGAAAGCCACGUGAACCAGAUUAUGGACUCGCUGUUUACAGAUGCAGUAGGGAAGUACAUGGAUGGUGAGAACGUUAAACUUGAAAUGAGACACCAAGUGAUUUGGAAUUGUAUCAUUUCAACUUGUUUUGUUUGUACGCCAACAGUUCAUCUGCUGUCAGAAACCAUUCAGGGGGUGACUAUGACAACAACAGGCAUUCAUUACCAGCAGUCCUGGCUUUGCAUUCUCUGCAAUGUGAGUAGUCUACAGAAACGCCACGUUUGCAUCGCACGUCUGGAGAGGCCGCAAAACUGGGGGGUUAACUGCUUUGAGGUGCGCUACGUCAUCCUCAUCCUGGCCCCACCCAGAACAAAAAGUACCAAGUCAGCCAUUGAAGUGGGCCGAACAUUCGCCACCAUGUUCUCGGACAUUUCCUUCAGACAGAAGCUUCUGGAGACGAAGACCCAGGAGGAGUUCAAACAAGAGCUGGUCCGCCAGCGUCAGCAGCUCUCCGUAGUCAAAGAGAAGGUGGCCGUCAGCCAAGUGGAUGACUACGAUCCAAGGAGAGGCAAAGAACUUAAGUGGAAAGAUUUCUUCAAAGCUGGUAAAGGUGUUUACGACGACCUCCGCCGCCGCCUACCACUCUACCCUUCUGACUUCACAGAUGGUAUAAUAGGGAAGGACCGCUCUCUGCUUAAGUACACCACCACCGCUAUUUUCCUCUACAUCGCUAUUCUGCUGCCAGCCAUCGCCUUUGGUUCUCUCAACGAUGAAAGCACAAGAGGGGAGAUAGAUGUUCAGAAGACCAUCGUCGGCCAAAGCAUUGGAGGCGUGAUCUAUUCCUUGUUCGCUGGUUCUCCACUCGUCAUUCCACUGACCACUGCACCACUGGCCAUCUUCAUAAGUGUUAUCCGGGGCAUCUGUGAUGACUACGACCUGGACUUUGACGCCUUCUAUGGCUGCAUCGGCCUGUGGAACAGUUUGUUCCUGAUUCUGGGAGGUUUAUUCAACGUCAGCCUGCUGAUGAAGCUCUUCAAACGCUCAACAGAGGAAGUCAUUGCAUUGUUCAUCUCCAUCGCAUUUGUUGGGGAUGCAGUGAAAGGCACGGUUAAAAUUUUCAACCACUUUUUCCAUGAGCCCACUCUGGCGACUGCAAAUAGCACGCUGGUGCUUCACGAAAUCACCGAGGUUCUGGAGAACAUGAAGAACCAUACGCUGGGCCAUGACAAUGCCAGCGCGGCCCUGAUGACGGAGCACGCCGAGGGGCACGCCUCCGUCUUCCUGCCCAAGUCUCUGGUGAUUUGCUCCAGAGAGAUCCCCAUCCUGUGCCUGCUGCUCAUGCUGGGCACCUUGUGGCUGGGUUAUGCCCUCUACCUUGUCAAGAGGAGCCCAUAUAUGAACGGCAAAAUCCGAGAAGUGGUGUCCGACUGCGCCUUGCCCAUCGCUGUGCUGGUUUGCUCCUUCGUCGGUUCCUACCUCUUCCUCGACAUAAAGCUCCCCGUGUUUAGCGUCCACGACGGGCCGGUCUUCAACUACCCCCCCUUCGACAAGCUGUCACGCCUGAACGCACUGAGCGCCGUGGGCCUCGGCUUCCUCCUCGCCUUGCUCAUCUUCAUUGACCAGAACAUCGUCAUUUCACUCACACACGUGCCGGAACACAAGCUGCUCAAAGGCACGGCAUUCCACUGGGACUUAGUGCUGACGGGCCUCAUCAAUAUCCUCAUGUCCUGUCUCGGGUUGCCAUGGAUGCACGCUGCCUUCCCGCAUUCCUCCCUGCACGCCCGUCAGCUGGCCAAAAUGGAACAACACGUGGAGAACGGCCACGUCUACACCACCAUCGUCAGCGUGAAGGAGACGCGUCUGACCUCGCUGGUCGCCAACAUCCUGAUCGGCCUGUCGGCUUUCAUGCUGCCCAUUCCUCUCCAGUGGAUUCCCAAGCCCGUCCUCUACGGGCUCUUCCUCUACAUUGCCGCCACAUCGCUCGACGGGAACCAGAUGGUGGACCGCGUGGCCCUGCUGCUAAAGGAACAGACGGCCUAUCCCCCCACCCACUACAUCCGCCGUGUGCCCCAGAGGAAGGUGCACUACUUCACCGGGCUGCAGAUGAUCCAGCUCAUCAUCCUGUGUGCCUUUGGCAUGUAUCCUCUGCCCUACAUGAAGAUGGUUUUCCCCCUCCUGAUGAUCUUGCUUGUCCCCGUCAGGACCAGCCUACUUCCGAAAAUUAUUGACGCCAAGUAUUUGGACAUCAUGGACUCGCAGCACAUGUAGAACGAGAGAGCAUUUUAAAAAAUAAAAAUAAAAAUAAUUAAAUGGAAGAAAUGGACUCUUUGUAUACCUGCAUUUGCUUGUUAGCAAUCAUCAUAAUCAUUGUUAACCACGUCACGAAACAUUUUCUGCAAUCUAAUCAGUCACUAGCGAGCGAGCACAAACAGCCACACAGAAAAAAAAACAGAUCAUUCAGAAUUACUUUUUUCUAUAUUGUAUUAUUUGUCUGUGCAUUUAACAUUGUUUUUGUUCAACAUCUGACACAUUUCUAUUUGAGCAUCACUUGUGCAAAAGAAAUUGUUAAAGUGUCCUUUUCGUACAAUAAAACAAUUAAUCAUUGAAAUGAAACG